AUGAGAACAGACAUGAACAUUGCCAUGGUGGCUAUGGCUAAAUCAUCAGAAAAUAAAAGUGGAAACAUAAGCGGACAACAAAAUACAAAUCCAAGUUAUUGUUACGUUUACAAUAAUGAAUCUGAUAAUUCUUAUAAAGCACAAUUUAAAUUACUGGAGGAUGACGAAUUCAUAUCGCGCUCAUUGCGAAAGCAAUUAAAAAUUGAUGAAGAGGGUGAGUUUGAGUGGAGUCCAAAUAUUCAAUCAGUGAUCAUAAGUUCUUUUUAUUGGUGUUACGUUUUGUCACAAGUGGCAGGAGGAAUUCUUACUCAAAAAUUUGGUACAAAACUAAUAUUCGGUGGUUCUCAACUAGCAACCGCAAUAUGUUCGUUACUUAUACCCAGUUGUGCAAGCAUACAUUGGUUAGUUUUAGUACUGCUAAGAUCAAUUCAAGGAAUAGCAUCGGGUCUAACGUGGCCAGCUAUGUAUGCUGCUGUCGGACACUGGAUUCCGUCUCAUGAGAGAAGCAGGUUUAUGUCAUCAUUUCAAGGUUUUAGUUUUGGUAUUGGCGUAACUUAUAUGCUCGCUGGUAUUAUAAUAGCAAAUUUUGGUUGGAGAGUUGUUUUUUACGUCACUGGAAUGCUGGGAAUUAUUUGGUGUACUUUUUGGUAUUUUUUCGCAUUCGACGAGCCCGAAAAUCAUCCGAGAAUCUCACCAUUAGAAUUAGAAUAUAUUCGAUUGCAUGUUGGAUCAACGGUUGUAACCGCAAAAAAAAAAGUAGUGCCGUGGAAAAAAGUAUUAACAUCUUUACCAGCUUGGUCAAUAGGGAUCACUACUUUUGGCCGUAUUUGGGUACAUUACACAUUCAUGAUUCCCGGGCCGAAAUAUAUAAAAACCAUUUUAGGUCUUAACAUUCAAGAAAAUGGGCUCAUGUCUGGAGCUCCUUUUAUCGGAAGUUAUUUAUCGUCUGUAAUAUUUUGUUAUGUCGCCGAUAAACUUCAUACGAAAAACAUAUUUAGUCUCACUAAUAUAAGAAAAAUAAAUACAGCCUUAUCUCAAGCAGUGCCUGGAAUAAUGUUGGUCAUUAUUGGAUAUUUGGGAUGCGAUUUUAUAUCAGUAUUUAUAUUAUGGUUUAUUGCUGUGACACUCAUAACAGCUGCAUAUGCUGGAGCCAUGGCUAGUAUCGUAGAUAUUGCACCUAAUUAUGCUGGACCCGUUUUAGCUUUUGCUCAAACUGUACAUAUGUCUGCAAGUUUUAUAUCACCUCUUGUAGCAGGUUCAAUUCUUUCUAAGGGAGAAGAUAUUGAUAAUUGGAGGAUGGUAUUUAUGGUUUCUGCAGCUGUUGCUUGCAUAACAUAUAUAUUUUUUCAAAUAUUUGGAACAUCUAAAAUUCAAGAUUGGAAUUACCAAGGUGUUAAAACUUCACUCAACUGUGUUAAUCAUCAGGAUACCAUAAUUCCAUUGAAAUUAGAAAAAGAUGAAAAAUCAACUAAUACAAAUUCAUUAGAAAAGACAAACAAUUGUUAA